CAUCUUGUCUUAGUCGGCCCGACGGAUUCUGGCCUUUGGGCCGAAAACAACGAGGCUAGUGAGACGCCGUUAAGCAUAAUUGACUGGGUUAAUAUCGGAGCUGACUGCAGUUUUCGGGAGUAGUAGGAGAUUGAUAGGAUAUGGAUCAUUGAUUUGAUCACGGUUCUGCUGCAUGUGAGUUCAAAAUCAUUAUGGAGUACUCCGUAGUAUGAUGAAUGAUGUGGUGGGCUGGAUGAGAUGACGCAGUGCAAGAGGGGAGUUGGAUAUGUAAUUCCCCGACCUGGAGUAACCCCGCGGGCAACAUGCAGGGACAUCACCCCAGAUACCCUGUUUUCCCAUCCUCGCCCCUGUUGGAUCACGACACCACAUCUGGCCACGUUUUGGAGUGAGCGGAUAUUCCACACCAUCUGCUUCGUCAUCAAGCGGUUCCCUGGAAUGUUCGACCACUAUCUGGCCGCAUCGCUACCGUUCUUCGAGCGGGAAGGGUGUGGGAGGUGUGGCGCUGUGGCUUUGACAGGUCACCUGGCGGGAAGAGCUUCCAGAAGGCGGAGCAAACAUGAUCCGGCCGCCGAGCUAGGAAGGUUCCACGGGGGUACACGGGGUGCCGCCGGAGAUGACGGGGUCUCGCAACGUCAUCCAGCAGCAUUAGCCGACCACGUGUGGCGACCAACCCUACUGUGUAACCCCGGGGAUGACCUCUUUGCCGGAUGAACCUCGGUCGCUGAUCGGGCGGUCAGCGUGGGAG